CUGUGCUUGCCCUCAACAAAGAUGGCGUCAACACUUCCUGUUUAAGGCUUUCGCCUUUAACAAAGAUGGUGCUUACGAUGCAGGUUCCCUAACAAUCAGGAUUCCGGUUGCAGUUUUUCUCCCCCCGCCCCAAAGAUACGUGGUUGCAGACGGAGAAAUGGAGGCCAGAGACAAACAAGUGCUCCGCUCACUUCGCCUGGAGCUGGGUGCAGAGGUAUUGGUGGAGGGACUGGUUCUUCAGUACCUCUACCAGGAAGGAGUCUUGACGGAAAACCAUGUUCAAGAAAUCAAUGCUCAAACCACAGGCCUCCGGAAAACAAUGCUGCUGCUGGAUAUCCUACCUUCCAGAGGCCCUAAAGCAUUUGAUACAUUCCUAGAUUCCCUACAGGAAUUUCCCUGGGUCAGGGAGAAGCUGAAGAAGGCAAGGGAAGAAGCCAUGACCAGCCUGCCUGCAGGUCUUGCUUUUGAUAUUAGAGAAGGAAGCUUUACUAGUAGCACUCUAGUUGGAGGUGUACAUUUCUUUAUUAGGCAAGAAUCUUAUUCAGGUAAAUAUAGACAUUAUAUUUAUUUAUAAAUACAAUGAUACUGAAGUAUAAAGAACCACAAUUUAUUAUUUUUUUCCUCCCCCCUCCCCAGCCGUGAAGCUUACCAGGUAGAAUUCUGGUUUUGGUAGCAGGAAAGGACAGGUGGCAACUUUGUGAAUUGUGGCAUUUGAGAUUAGACUGCUAUACAACUCGGUGUACUACAGCACACUAGUUAACAGAAGGGAAUAGCGCUGUUGUCAAAGACACGGGAAGGUCUCUUUUAACUGAAAGAGCACUCUUUGGCAUUUGGCCAUCUAGGUUUCACGAUAACAUGACGAAGCAGGAACCUUGAAAUUGCUCCUCUUUAUAUUCUGUUCCUGGAUAAUUACCAUCUAUACUCAGAUUUCGAAAGGUCCUUUUACUUUGUGAUUGCAUCUUUCAGCAACAACUCUUAUUAUCCUGUUAUGCAAUUUGCCUUAUUUAUGAUGCUCAGGUGGGAAAAGGUUCAGCCUCCACAAUUGAGAUUGCCCUGAUUGAGCAUUUUAUGGUGCUUUUGCUUGUUUUGCUGAUCAGCAAACAGAGUCCAAGACAGGUGAAUUUCUUCCAGAUGUGCAUUUGAAUAAUUGGACAGAUCCCUGCGGUCUCUUCAGUAAAAACACAAGUUUUUACUUAUUCUUACCGUCUUCCUCCAUGCAUGGCUUCCUGUGGUCACAAUGCAAAGGGCUGUGUAGUUGCAGGAUGACUCCACAGUUAAUAUUGAGCUCAUGAGGAGUAAAUAGUUCAUCCAAGCUGGGAAUCUCAGACCUUCAUUAGGUCUGCUUAUUUGGGUACCAGAACCUGUCACUAUCCAGGAGACACACAGCAGAUCAGCCUUCAUUUGCUUUGUUGCCAUUUUAGGCAUGAAAUAGAACCAUUUUCUCUUAGAACAUGGUGUCCCUGUGUAGUAAUAAGUGAUAGCACUUUAUGGGCUUUAAGGAGUCUAGAGCCAGGCCGGUUAGCAACUGAAGCUGUAAUGACUCAGCUGGACGCUGACAGCCUUUUUCUGAAGUUAUGUGAGCAGAGGCGGGUGAGGGAAAUGUGGCUCAGUGACCCACAGUGCUCAGUGCUCAGUUCAGUGACAGGCAGCUGGGAGAGCUGAGCCACGGAGAGGCCAGCAAGCCAGAGGGAUUUGCUGCCAUGCUGUGACGUGGAAGGCAGGGUCCACUCAGCUCUGUAUUGAUGACGUUCUUAAGUCUGAAGGAAUUAAUGCAGUUUCUGGAUGUGCCUCUUCAUCACCACACCUGUUCAAGGAGGAACCGGGGACCCACCCCACGAGUCAGCUUUAUAAAAGUUUUUCCUGACAAUGCUCUCUACUCCUGGAGGUAGACUGUGUUUUUCUCCUGUACUCUCCUCUAACACAGAACUUGUGUUACUAUAUGGUACCUGUUUAUCUGCCCUCUGGACUGUGAACCCUUGAGAACAGAAAUAUUUGUCUUAUCACUCUUUGAAUUCUCAGUACCGGCACUCCACCCCUCCAAGGAAAAAAUUAUAGCAGCUAUCUAUAAUUGAUAAUCAGAAUUAAUGAAAUAUGGUAGCACAGGUAUGAAUAGAGUUAAAAUUAUCAGAGUGAUUAUAAAAUACAUAGGAAUAAACAACAGAAAUUGGGCAAGACCUUUAUGAAGGACAUUUCCAAAAUUAAUUAUGGCACAUAAAAGAACACUUGAAUGAACAGAGUAACAUGUUCGCUGGUGAGAAGAGUCAAUGUAGUAAAUAUGUCAAUAUCACUUUUUGUCUAUAUUAACCUAAAAUUUAAUACAAUUCCAGCAUAGGUUGUAAUGUUAUUUUUAUUCUAUGGAAUUUGAUAAAAUAUAGUAAAAUUCAGAAAAACUUUUUGUGUAUAUUAACCUAAAAUUUAAUAUAAUUCCAGCAUAAGUUGUAUUGUUAUUUUUAUUCAUGGAAUUUGGUAAAAUACAGUAAAGUUCAGAAAAACAUUGCCUGAGACCAGUGAAAAAUGAAAAAGAGGAGAAAAUUUUAUCUCAUCAAGUAUUAAAACAUAAAGUGUAGUAAAUAUAAACAAAAUUGUAGACAAACUAAGAAAUUGGGAGCCAGGAUAAUCUGGAUACCCAAACUUGACAAAGGCCUCAUAAGAAAAAAAUGUAGAUUUAAGCAUAGAUGCAAAAA